AUGUCGGCCGUGUGGCUCAGGCUCGCCGCCCGGUUGGGUCGUUGCCCGUCAACGCCAUUAGAGGUCACGUGGACACACGCAAGUAGGAGCAACGUGCCCGAGAAGAAUACCCGGACUUUCUUGCACGAUAUGGAUGCCGGGGCAGUCCGGGAACCGACCGGUCUCACCAAAGAAGCGGUAUCGACUCCGAUUCUCGCGACGGAUAUGCACCGCCGCCCAGGAGCACAGGAGGCCCCACUCUUGGCUGGCAAGCGAGCUUCCUCUACUCCGUAG